UGAAAAGCUUUAGGACUUCCAGAUCAGACUCCACUUCACAGCUGACAGAGCAGGAACAGAAAAACAAGUUCUGACACCUGUUGAAUCUUCACAUGAUAAACGAUGGCGACACAUAAAGAAGUCCUUCUGCAGACCUUGGAGGACUUGGGAGGUGAUGACUUCAAAAAAUUCAAGUGGAUACUGUGUCAGAAGGGGGCCAUGGAAGGUUUCCCAUCAAUCCCAACAAGUCGGCUGGAGAACGCAGACAGGCUGGACACAGUCGAUCAAAUGUUCCAGACCUACUCAACCAAUACCGUUAAAGUUACUAAAAUGGCUUUGGUGAAGAUUGACAAAAAUGAUCUGCUGAAAAAUUUGAAAGACAUAACCUCAGAACCCACAGAGAUUCAGAGAUUAUGUCAGCACAAGUUCAAGUCAAAUCUGAAGAAGAGGUUACAGUGUGUGUUUGAGGGGAUUGCUAAAGCAGGAAACAAAACAAUUCUGAAUCAGAUCUACACAGAGCUCUACAUCAUAGAGGGAGGGACUGCAGAGGUCAGUAAUAAACAUGAAGUCACUCAGAUUGAAACAGCAUCCAGGAAACUAGACAGACCAGAAGCAACAAUCAGACAAGAAGACAUCUUUAAAGCCUCACCUGGAAGAGAUGAACCAAUCAGAACAGUGCUGACAAAGGGAGUGGCUGGCAUUGGGAAAACAGUCUUAACACAGAAAUUCACCCUGGACUGGGCUGAAGACAAAGCCAACCAGGACAUCCAGUUCAUGUUUCCAUUCACUUUCAGAGAGCUGAAUGUGCUGAAAGAGGAAAAGUUCAGCUUGGUGGGACUUGUUCAUCACUUCUUUACUGAAACCAAAGAAGCAGGAAUCUGCAGCUUUGAAGACUUCCAGGUUGUGUUCAUCUUUGAUGGUCUGGAUGAGUGUCGACUUCCUCUGGACUUCAACAAAACUAAAAUCCUGACUGAUGUUACUGAGUCCACCUCAGUGAAUGUGCUACUGACCAACCUCAUCAGGGGGAAAUUGCUUCCCUCUGCUCACCUAUGGAUAACCACAAGACCUGCAGCAGCCAAUCAGAUCCCUUCUGACUGUGUUUGUAUGGUGACAGAGAUCAGAGGGUUUACUGACCCACAAAAGGAGGAGUACUUCAGGAAGAGAUUCAGAGAUAGGGAGCAGGCUGGCAGGAUCAUCUCCCACAUUGAGACAUCACAAAGCCUCCACACAAUGUGCCACAUCCCAGUCUUCUGCUGGAUCACUGCUGCAGUUCUGGAGAAUUUCCUGAAAACCAGUGAGGGUAGAGAUUUACCCAAGACUUUAACUGAUAUAUACAGCCACUUCCUGGUGCUACAAGCCAAAGGGAAGAAGGGCAAGUCUAAUGGCGGAGCUGACAGAGAUUCAUGGUGGAGUCCCGAAAUCAAGAAGAUGAUUGAGUAUCUGGGAAAACUUGCCUUUGAUCAGCUUCAGAAAGGAAACCUGAUCUUCUAUGAAUCAGACCUGACAGAGUGUGGCAUCGAUAUCAGUGAUGCUUCAGUGUACUCAGGAAUGUUCUCACACAUAUUUAAAGAGGAGAGAGGACUGUACCAGGACAAGGUGUUCUUCUUCACCCAUCUGAGUGUUCAGGAGUUUCUGGCUGCUCUUUAUGUCCAUCUGACCUUCAUCAACUCUGGAGUCAACCUGCUUAAAGAAAAAACAUAUCAGUUGUCUAAAGUUUUCAGAAACAAACAUACAGUUAAACAGUUUUACAAGAGUGCUGUGAAGAAGGCCUUACAGAGUCCAAAUGGACACCUGGACUUGUUCCUCCGUUUCCUCCUGGGUCUUUCAAUGCUGAACAAUGAGAGUCCCUCACAAGGCCUGCUGACACAGAUAGGAAGUAUCUCACAGAAUAAUCAAGAAAUAGUCCAGUACAUCAAGAAGAAGAUCAAUGAGAACCUGUCUGCAGAGAAAUGCAUCAAUCUGUUCCACUGUCUGAACGAACUCAGUGAUUGUUCUCUAGUGGAGGAGAUCCAACAGUCCCUGAGAUCAGGAAGUCUCUCCACAAAUAAACUGUCUCCUGCUCAGUGGUCAGCUCUGGUCUUCAUCUUACUGUCAUCAGAAAAAGAUCUGAAUGAGUUUGACCUGAAAAAAUACUCUGACUCAAAUUCAGAGGAGGCUCUUCUGAGGCUGCUUCCAGUUGCCAAAGCCUCCAAGAAAGUGCUGCUGAGGGGUUGUAACCUCUCAGAGAGAAGCUGUGAAGCUCUAGCCACAAUCCUCAGCUCCCCAUCCAGUAAUGUAAAAGAGCUUGACCUGAGUGAAACCAGUUUGCCAGAUUCAGGGAUGAAGCUACUUUCCUCUGGACUGAUGAGUACACACUGUACUUUAGGCAGUCUCAGUUUAAGGAGUUGCAAUUUGUCAGAAAUCAGCUGUAAUUCUCUGGGCUCAGCUCUGAAGUCCAACUCCUCAUAUCUGAAAGAGCUGGAGCUGAGUUCCAAUGACCUACGGGAUUCAAGAGUGGAGAAACUGUGUGGUUUUCUGGAGAGUCAGAAAUGCAGACUGGAGACUCUGAGUUUAUGGAACUGCUGCUUGUCAGAGAUCAGCUGUGCUCUUCUGGGCUCAGCUCUGAAGUCUAAUCCUGCACAUCUGAGGGAGCUGGACCUGAGUAAAAACAAUCUGCAGGAUCAAGGAGCGAAUCAACUGUGUGGUUUUCUGGAGAGUCCACAUUGUAGACUGGAGACUCUGAGAUUGAUGGGCUGCUGUUUGUCAGAGAUUAGCUGUACCCCUUUGGGCUCAGCUCUGAAGUCCAACCCCUCCUAUCUGAGAGAGCUGGACCUGAGUCACAACAACGACCUGCAGGAUUCAGGAGUGAAGCAGCUCUGUGGUUUUCUGGAGAGUCGGCACUGUAGACUGGAGAUUCUGAGACUGGAUAGCUGCAGUUUGUCCGAAAUCAGUUGUGCAGCUCUGGCCUCAGCUCUGAAAUCCAACCCCUCACAUCUAAAAGAGCUAGACUUAACUGACAAUAAACUGAAAGAUGCAGACAUGAGGCAGCUGUGUGAUCUGGUGGAGAAACCAAAUUGUGGACUGAAGACUCUGAGGUGGAAGCUCUGAUAAACUUGUGUAUGCUGACAGAGAGUGACCUGUGUCCUGAUGAUAUGGAGAGGCUGAAGAAGCAGUAGCUUGUGUGUACAGAUCCUGUGAAUGGGAAAGAUCACAGAUUUUUGAAGAUAGAAGACCUCAACAAGCACAAAGAAUUAGAUGGAAAGGUCAUGUAAAAUGUUAAAAAAAAUAAUCUGUUGCACUAAUUACCAUGAAAUCCAACUUUUAACUGUAAUGUAAUAGGAUGAUGGUGUGAUUCAACUUGUGUUAUCGUAAUGAAAACAAAAAAUAAGGAUGAAAAGACAAACGAAGGUUGACAUUGGUUAUAAGCUGAUUAAACCUUUGAUCUAUAACUGUACAAUAGGGAAGUGAAAGCGCUGCGGAUAUCUUAUGUGGAGAUGGUCAGUGGAGAGGUGCCAUCAACAUUAUUUGUAUUUACAUGUUCAAUUUUAUUCUGUUCUUUCUCACAAUAAACUUCUGUCUACACCAAAAAGCUGCUGGUGUCCCAGAAUUUUAAUUUUAACUAACACAGCUUUAGGUCCCUUUAAUUGGACCCACAGGCAGAUUUGGUUUGCUGCAGGACACUCAGCUAUCUUCACGUUUAACAAAAUGACACAUCUGACAGAUUAGCAGAAUAUAACAGAGUGGAACGGGAAGCACACUGAUCAAUGGUAAAUUGUUUUCACAGUCACAGUGAUGGAAAUAUGUUGGUCACUGAUGCCCCUUCUUCCUUUGGGCCAUUCAGACUGCUAACAAACUCACCUCUCCUCACCAAUCUGUGCCAUGGUCUGAGUGACCCUCAUCACUCAGGACACUGACACACUCACACCAAGUCCUUUGCACUACCUCCAAGCACUUUCCUCUCCAGUGUGUGCCUUUGUCUUGUUUUGUAUGUGCUCCUGAUGUCUUACUAUUUAUAUUUUAUUCCUGCAAAGUUGGUGUGGAUGUUCCGCUCUUAAUUUUAUUGCAAUAUAGGCGCUCUUUGCAGUGAGCUAAUUUUAUUUUGAAAUUCGUUUUAAUUUCAAAAACAGUUUCGGGAAGUGACAGCAAGUCAGCCAUGUUUUUAGUUCCUAGCGGAUCACAUGUGGGGAUAUUUGACCCAGCGACAUCUGCCUUUUGUUUGUGCCAUCGACACCACCGUCUGUAAGUUUUAAUUUGUAUUGAAUUGUAGGAUUGUAUUUUAUGUAUAUUUUGUGGAAACAAUUGCUGUAGAUGAAAACUUUAGUAGUUGUGUGCUAACGCUAAUGGAUGUGUAUUGGAAUCUAUUUUUGUCGUGCUAAUGAUGCUAAGUUAAUUUUAGCUAUGUUAUUUGUAUUUCAGUUUCACUCCAUGAGGAAAUACUUACUAAUUAAAAGGAGUUGGACGCUACAUCCUGACUUCGCGCGUUAUUUCAAGUGGAGUUAGGCUACUGCUCAAUUGUGUAGCGUACACACACAAGGAGAGCAGGACAGUAAAAAGACGGUUAGCAGCUGGCAAAACAACUCUACGACAGCAAGCUAUGUCAACAAACAUGGACGAAGAACACCCCGAAGGUGCAAGACCUAAGGGAUUAAAACUAAACAAACGAAUCAAAUAUUUGAUAUGAUACGACAUAGAACAACAAGAGCCAUUGCUGCCCUCCAGGUGGACUUAAAGGAACACAAUUGGAAUGAGGUUUUUGCAAAUGAAGAUUCAAAUAGUGCAUAUGAUGCAUUCUUAUCAACAGUAAUUUCACUAUAUGAAAAACAUUGUCCUUUAAUGAAGAUCACUAGAAAGCAUCACAGAUCAAAUAAGCCAUGGAUCACAAAGGGGAUAGAAGAUGCAUGUAAAAAGAAAAAUAAUCUAUAUAAGAGAUUCAUAAAACAGAGGACAAAAGAUGCUGAAAUAAAGUACAAGUUAUAUAAAAAUAGAUUAAUAAAUAUUAUAAGAACAAGUAAGAAAGAAUAUUACCACAAAUUAUUGGAGCAAAGUAGAAGUAACACACAAGAAACAUGGAGGAUAUUAAACAGUAUAAUCAAAAAGGGCUCAAAAAAUAAGAAUUAUCCAGAUUAUUUAAAAAAAG